CGGACCGAGCAGUAGUUGAUAUACAGGCAACUGGAAACAAAGUUGCAUUUUGUCGGUGUGUCUACGAAUAAAUGGACAGAUUUUUUUAGUGUUUUGUUUUUCACCUUGAUUCUUAAGGAAAAAAUCAAUCGCAAGAAAUUAUUACAUGUGUUUUUUAUUGCAUCGAUUAAGAGUUUAGUGUUUAAGCAAGGUAUUUUAAAUAGUAUUUUAAAUGGUGUAAGUGAAAUUCUUUUUCAAAGUGGGUUAACUGUAUGACGUCGACUGCUACGAAAAUAUCAUUGCCCCGCAGCGAAAUUACCUUUUUCUUUUUGAUUCGAUGGUGUUUAUUCAGAAACAAAAUGUUGCCUAGUAUGGCAUUACAUGUGUUUGCUUUGAUAAGAGGCCAAUUAUCGAUACCAAAAAUCAACUUUACACAAUUGCCAUUCGUGCAAAAAAUGGAAAAAAGUGCGAUUACAGCGAAAAAUUAUGUAUACAUAAGGAGAGAGAGAGUCGAUAGAGUACAAGAAGUGAAUGAAAUCAACGCCUGUCUAUGAAGUGGAUAAGGCCGCAGUAAAAUCAAUAUUUUUCUAUUGAAUUGGCGCUGACAAUGUUGGCAUUCACACAAUUAUUGUUGUCGCAUUUUGUAAAAGGGCGUCAAACAAUUAAUUGGCCCUGUUUUAGUAGAAUAUAAAAAUGUGUUUACAAUUAAAAAAACCAAAAAGAAUCUAAAGUUUACGAAAAAAAUUUAUCUGUGUUUACUACAGCCGAAUCUUGAACAAACAAUUCACGCUUUAUUUGCGUUCGAGAAGCAAGCAAACGCGAUCUUGUUGUGGAAUGAUUAAUGAAACGGAGAAGAAAAAAACGAUUUCUUUCGGUUGCUAUUGUCUUUUUUAUUUAAAAAAAAAAAACAAGGAAAUAGUAAAUACGUGUGUAUGUGUGUAAUUUUGAGUUGAAUUAGUAAAUGAGAGCUUUAUAACAUCAGAUAAUAAAAGAAAGAGAGAAGAAGAAGAGAAAAAAAAAAGUAAAAUUAUGUUAGUGCAUUAAGUGAAAAUGUGUAAACAGCAAUACAAAAAUUAAUAAGCCAUACGAACACGGGAAGUGGAAAUGAAAUUGAGUGAAAGAUGCUCAAGUGAAUGCAGAGGCUAAUACACAGUAUACAAGUCAGUGAUCACAGUAUAAAUAUCCAAAACAACGACUAAAACAUACGAACAAUUGCAUGAAAUCCGUCUGUUUCUAUAUUGAAUUUUUCUUUGUCCAUGGUCCGAGAGAACCCUCGCCUGUUGCAAUUUCAUGUUGAACAAGGCAUUUUAAUUUCGCAUAUUGUGCUAACGAAGUGACAGCGACAACGACUUCGGCAAUAGCAGCAGCAGCUGCAGCAAUACAACAAAACCGGGCCAAAAUGUUUAAUUUCAUGAAAAAGGGUGUGGGCGUUGGCGAACGCGACCGAGAGAAAACUGACCGCGACAAGGAUCGACGGAAAAAGGAGAAAAAACAACGCAAAGAUCUAACCAAACAAAAUAUAUUGGGCACCAUGAGCUCCGAAGAAUUGCUGCGACUUGAUGAGGUGCGACGAUCGUUGAAAAUUCGUGGCCGGCGUAAAGAAAAGGAGAAACUGCCGAGCGGCAUAACAGCUGAUUACAGUGCCAAUUUUUUCGCUCAUUUAGAUUUGGAUCGAGAUGUGGAACGCGAUCGAGGCAUCGAAGAAGUUGUAGCUGAUGCAAAUGCUACAAUCGAUAACAAUGGUGAUGCUAGCGAUCAUGUUGUCUCGAUCAAUGUGUCCCAUUCAGACAGCUCGGAAACGUCUCUACAAUCCAUCGGUGUGAAUAAGGUUCGAAUUUUGCCACCGGUACCGCCAAAGCCACCAAAACGUGGGAUAUUGAAAGGGCCACGCACCAGCACCGGAUCGAGAGAUUCCCAAAAUCGAGCGGCCAACAGUCACAACACAUCCAUUGAUACAACAACUGAGACUCUCAUCAAAAACACUCUACAGAAUGAACUAAUCACUUACGAGAACCUAGCACCAAUUGAUAGUCAUCAUACGGACGAGAACGUAACAACGAAUCUAGUGAUAAUGACAUCGGCAUCGCCAAGCGCAGAAAGUUUGACCGAUACGACGAACUCAUCAUUUGUUACGCCUCCAUUUUCAAUGAGCCCAGUCGGUGAAUCGCAGAGUUUUCAUCACUGGUCGCGUGUACAAACUUUUGAUGGUGUCGAUUUGCCACUGCCACCCAUUAAAUUACUUCGAUUACCUCCGCCUCGCUCUCUGGUCAUUAAGCGUCAAAAGCCGAGAAACGAUUUUGGAUUCAGUUUACGCAAAGCUAUAUGCUUAGAUCGUAAUGAGUCAUUGAUGGCACCCACCUUUAAACCGGUAAUAUUCGCUGAACCCGGCACGAAUAACAACAAUACUACCGGUCUUUUGCCUGGUGACCGAUUGAUCAAAGUAAAUGGCGUUUCGGUGGAGAAUUUGCCACGCGAAACAAUCAUUGAAAUGAUAAAGAACAGCGAAGAGCAGAUAACAGUGGAGGUACAACCCGUGUCCGAAUUGGUUGAACUGUCAAGACGUUGUAUGCAUUUCAAUGGCACUGGUUCAGAUGUCACGGAUAAAGCAACCAAUUGCAAUACGCUGAAACGAAGUGCUAGCAAACGCUUCAAAAAUCAUAACAAUGACAACGGUGAUGAUGUCAGUGGCCAGGAUAAAUAUUGGUUGAUUCAUCGAGGUGGAUUCGCUGCUGCAGUGAAAUGUGCAAAGAAAAUCAGUGACUUGCAUAAAAUCUGUGUGCAAUUGUUGCACAAUGGCGAGCAGAUGAUUGUCGAAGAAGAUGAUUUGGAGCAGGCUAACCCAUCCAGUUUGGAUCUAGUCGAAGACAUUUGCCAACUGAAGCAUUUGAACGAGGCGUCAGUGCUGCAUUGCUUGCGUCAACGAUAUGCAAACAAUUUAAUUCAUACCCGAGCCGGACCAUCUUUGAUUGUAGUCAAUCCAAUGGCUCCACUGUCUCUUUAUUCCGAAAAAGUUGUGUCGAUGUUCCGUGGAUGCAAGAACGAGGAUAUGCCGCCACACAUUUAUUCCACUUCACAAAUAGCGUAUCGUUCAAUGCUGGAAACGCGUCGCGAUCAAAGUCUUAUCUUUUUGGGCCGAUCUGGUUCGGGUAAAACGACCAGUUUCAAGCAUGCUCUCUACUACCUGGUGCUGGCCGCUGGUUCAACGAAUAAAAUCCUAACAGUCGAAAAAUUGAAUGCCAUUAAUACGAUUAUGGAAGCCUUUGGCAAUACGAAAACCUGCAUGAAUAACAAUUCCACCAGAUUCACGCAACUUUUCAGUUUAGAUUUUGAUCACACCGGAAUGAUUGCAUCUGCUUCGAUUCAGAUGUUGCUCAUGGAAAAAGCCCGAGCUGGUCGACAUUCGGGCAGUGAUCAGUCGUUCCAUGUUCUAUCACGUUUGGUCAUUGGUACAGAGGGUUCACUACAAAAAGAUCUCGGAUUGGAUCGACUUGUUUUUGACAAUAGCAAUCCAUUUGUAUCUGUGUCACAAAAGUUAGAUGAAAAGCAAAAAGCAACCGCCGAAUUUAUUCGCUUGGUUCAAGCAUUCGAAGCAUUGAAUACUGAUGCAACAGCUGUGAAGGCGAUUUGGAUGGUAUUGGCUUCGAUUGUGCAUUUGGGAGUGGCUGGCGUUGCGAAAGUUGGAAGUGGUACCAAUAUGCGCAUCCAAUUUGCCAAUCCUUUGGCUGCUCAGAAGGCGGCUGAUAUUCUGGGCAUCUCAAUGGAAAAUCUAACAAAUGCUGCAUUUUCAAAUGCUUCGAGUGGGAAUCAAUUGAACGCAACUGUGACAGAUGCUUAUGACUCGGCAUGGGACAGUUUGGAGGCUCUGGUCAUUGGACUUUAUUCAGAGGCGAUGGCAGCGACCGUUGCACUGAUAAACAAUUCCAUUUCUACCUCCGUGCACUCGGUGGCAUCCAUUUUACUAGUGGAUACGCCUGGUUUUCAGAACCCAGCAAGUUGUGGGUAUCAAAAUGGUGCAACUAUCGAUGAUCUACGAUUCAACUAUCUGCAGGAGCGUUUGCAGUCGCUGUUCCAUCAUACGACUUUGGUGACGCCACAGAACCGCUACUCGCAAGAGCUGGUCGAAAUCAAUACGGAAGGAAUUCAAGAGAUUGAUCCGAAUCAGCUGGUAUCGUUGAUCGACAAAGCGCCACAAAAUCAUGUGGUUCGUGGUUCGCAGCGUGAUUUACGUGAACAAGAUCGGCGUGGUUUGCUUUGGCUAUUAGAUGAAGAAUCAAUGUAUCCGGGUUCGAACGAUGAUUCAUUUUUGGAACGUCUAUUCGCACACUACGGCGACCGUGAACAUCAGUAUCUUUUACGUCGCUCGCCGGUUGGACGACAAUUCGUGCUUCAGCACUUCCAAGGCACCAAUCCGGUUCUGUAUUCGAUUGACGGGUGGUUGAAGAAGAGUCGUGAGCAUGCAGCCACAAAACUGGCUACAACAUUAUUGCAAGACAGUAGCAAAAAUGAUAUCAGCCGCUUGUUCAAUGGUGCGUUAACACGUGGAUCGGGUUUCAUUAUGUAUAGUACCGAUAGCAUUGCGGAUAACUCACAUUCGUUGCGUCGAAUUUCAAGCAUCAAACGGUCAUUCGCAACGGCCGGUGUCAAACGCAAUUCCGUGAUGCUUCAGUUAAAAUUCACCGUGGACGGUAUCAUUGACACGCUACGACGAACUGAAAAGCAUUUUGUGCACUGUCUACUACUGCAACACAACGCCGGUUCAAUGACCGUUGCAUCGCCAAAUGGAAACAUCAUCAAUCCGUAUGACGAUUUGGUGAAUGUUCCGUUGCUUCGAAGUCAAUUGCGUGGAUCACAAAUUCUUGAAGCCGCCCGGCUCCAUCGAUUGGGUUUCCCCGAAGCAGUUCCACUGAAUGAGUUCGUCAGACGUUUCGGUUUGUUGACCGAUACUUCGUCGAAAAACACAACCGUCGAAGAAAUUUUAACUUCAAACGAAAUGGAUCCGUCAACUUAUCGCAUCGGUGUCAGUUUAGUCCUGUUUCGAUGUGGUGUUUUGAAUCAAUUGGAGGCAAAACGUGACGAACUCCUUUCCGAUCGCAUAACACAAUUCCAAGCCGCGUGUCGUGGAUACUUAAUGCGUAAGAAAAUUGCACAACGUCGGGUGCAAGAAUUGGCUGUAAAGUGUAUUCAGCGAAAUGUGCGAGCAUUUAUGUCGGUACGCGAUUGGCCCUGGUGGCGUUUAUUAGUCCGUGUUACACCCUUAUUGAAUGUCCAUCGAACCGAGGAACAGUUGAAGCUGGCCAGCGAUGAAUUGCAAACGUUGCGCAGCAAACUGGAGAAAUACGAGAACGAACGAAACGCAUUGAAGACUGAAAACGGCCGCCUCGAAUCGAAGUUGUCUGAAAUGACGGCCGAUCUGACUGAAGAACGUUCCACAUCAAACAUCACCACGGAACGCCUUGAGGCCGAAACAGCGGAACGAUUGAAAUUGGAAAAAGAGCUGCAACAGCAACAGGAAAAAGUUCGUAGUUUGCAAGAUAUGUCAGAGAAGCUGGAGAUGGAACUCAUUUGCGCCAAGUCUGAUUUGAAUGGAAUAUCCGAAGACGAAGAUGCUGAGAAUGAUGAUGGGCACAACAGCAGUGUCUAUAAGAUGAAGUACGAGCGAGCGGCCAAAGAGUUGGAAUUCACAAAACGACGCUUACAGACGCAACAUGAACACGAUCUCGAUCAAUUGGUCGGUUUGAAAAAACAACUUGAGAAGAAAUUGGCUGACGCAUACGAAGAGGUCGAAGAGCAACGACAAGUUGUCGGCCAAUGGAAGCGUAAGUCACAAAAAUUGUCCGGCGAAAUGAAUGACCUGCGAAUGCUGCUAGAUGAGCAAAACGGCCGAAACAACGUACUGGAGAAGAAACAACGAAAAUUCGAUGCAGAAAGCCAGUCAUUGCAGGAUGCCGUUCGACAAGAAAAACAGACGAAGGAGCGUUUGAGUCGCGAGAAAGAUGUUUUGAUUGCUGAAAAGUUCAAUUUGGAACAGCAAUUGGCCGACACACGACUUGAGCUGGACAUGAAAGACGAGACUUUGACAUCUUUGCGCCGCGAAAUGGAAGAGAUGACUCAUGGCGGUGGCAGCGAAGAAGAAUUCGCUCAAUUGAAAAAGGCCAAAAUUGAAGCAGAGAAAUUGUGCAAAGAACAAGAAGAAGAGCUCGAUGAAAUGGCUGGACAAAUCAGUUUGCUGGAACAGGCUAAGCUACGUCUUGAAAUGUCACUGGAAACGAUGCGAAAGGAAGCGCGUCGUGAGAGUCAACAGCGUGACGAUGAGUUGGAGGAAGUCAGAGGUUCUUCGUACAAGAAAAUCAAGGCGCUCGAAUGCCAAUUGGAAACCGAGCACGAGGAAAGGACUCUCUUGUUGCGUGAAAAACACGAGCUAGAGCGUCGUCUGAAAGCAGUCGAAGAGCAAGAUCGAGUUGAUCGAGCUGCAGAAGAUGCGGCCAAUCAAAAGUUAAAACGUGAUCUAAGAAAGUAUAAGGCUUUGUUGAAGGAUGCUCAAGCUCAAAUUGAGCGAAUGAAGGCCGAUUCACCGGGAAAGGUGUUGGUUCGUCAACUCCGUAAUCAAAUCGAAGAUGCCGAAACGGCUCGCGCCAUUGCUGUGAAAAUGAAGAAUGCCGCCGAAACUGAAUUGGCCGAUCUUCAACUUCUUUUCGAUGAGGCGAACCGUGGUAGAAACGAGGCCGAUUCCAAAGCGUCCCAGGCACAACGGGAAAAAGGAGAACUACAAAUCCAAUUCGAGGAGAAUGAAGAAGAGAUGGCCGAAUUGAUGAAGAAAUAUUCAAGUGUCGUGAAUCAAUUGAAUGUAGAACAAUCAACAAUAGCACAAAAUGAAAUCCGCAUCGUGGAACUCGAAUCGGAACGAAAUUCACUAAAGGAACAAGUCGAAGAAUUACACAUUCGCUUGGAGAACGUAGAGAGUAUCACCGAUACAUCGACGAACAUUCAAACCAAACGGUUGGAAAUGAAAGUGAAAGAGCUCGAAUCACGUUUGGAAUUGGAGCAAGCAACACGUGGCCGGCUCGAGGUUCAAUUCAACCGAUACAAAGAUGCUCUGGAGAAGGCGCAACAGGAAGCGUCUCAAACAAAAGCCAAAGAACAAAUUGCACAAGAUUCACUGAAGAAAGUCCAAAAGUCGCUUAGAGAGCUGCGAGAAGAGUCGCAUCAGCUUACAAAUCGCGAAAAUGAUCAUAUGGCCAAACGUAAAGAUUUGGAAGUGCGAUAUGAGAAUUCUCAAACAGAGGUAACAUCUCUCAAAAAUGAUUUACGUUUGGCAUUGCAACGCAUCGCCGAUCUGCAACAAGCAAUGGAAGAUGUCGACGAUGAUGACGAUGGUUCUACAGAGAGUGACUCAAGUGAUACGUCCGAAGAUUCGCAGUAUGAAACAUCUGCAAUAAUGGCGCGCCGCAGUAUACAACUGAAGAGUAAUACAAAUGGUAUUUUAGAUAGAUUUGACGAUGAUGGAUUUAACUCAAGAAUGAAAAAUUCAUCGGCAUCAAGUACUUCCAUAGCUUCAAGCGAGAAUAGUUUAAGGAAUGGCGAAACUACACACUAACCCACUAAACUCUUUUAGGCUUACGCCACGCAAUACUGUCUUUAUCGCAUAUAUAGUUCCAUUAGCCAUGCAUUCAUUAAAAGGCUGGCUUUUUUCUCUCACCUAAAUAUAUAUCAUCUUGUUCAGUUGGAAUAUGAUGAUUAAAACUUUUCUAGCGACAAAAAACGAUUUCCUUUCGAUAAAAAUACUAGUGCAGUUACAUUUCAAAGGAACAUCAAUCAAAUAUUCUAUGAAUAGACUAUUUAAUUAUAUGAAAAAAAGAUUUUUUUUUAAACAAUUGUAACAAAUUAUAAGCAACACACUUAAAUUAUUAUUCAAUCGCAUCAAUCAGCCUAAAUAGUUUUUGAUAAGCUGUUGUCUAACUCUAUUUUUUAGCUUAUAAUAGCCCAAAGAGAAAACAAAAUACACGGCAUGAAUCAAAUUUGUAUUUUCCAUUGAUGAUUUUGCUGCAAAACCAAUUGCAUCACUGUAAUUUCUCUGUUUUUUUUUUUUCUUUUAAAAAAUGCAUAUCGUUAUUUGCUCAAUUUUGAUUUGAAUUGUUUUUGCUUAAAAAGAUUUCGCCUGACGAAAUCAACUGCCAGAAAUUAUUUUUAAAAUCCAUUUUCGAUGGACAGUGCAGAAAAUUUACACUGAAAUUCAAUUUAUCACCACUUUAUAUUACUGUAUAUAAAAUCGCAUUUUUCUUUCAACGUGCUGAAUAGGUUGAGGAAGAAAUUGUCGACAAUCCCUGAAUCAGAGUAAAUAUGAUUAAUUUUAAAUCAAUGAUUGGGUUCACAUCCUGUGCAUUGAAAUUGAAUUGCAAACAAAAUACGAACUACGUGUCUAUUUGUGUCAAGCUUUUGCGUUCAUUUCAAUCGAAAAAUUUCUUCAGAUAAAUUUUAGUCCAUGUAAAAAACAAACAAAUACAACUCAUAUAAAUAUUAAAUCAUUUCCCAUUUUUGUGUAGAACUUUUUUUUUGUUUUUGUCUUGUUUUUUUUUUUGUUUCGUUAUAAAUGUUUAUUUUUUCUGUUAAUUCUUAAUCAAAUCAAUAAAUUCGUAUUUGAAAGAACAUCAAAA